GGGAAAUAAACAGAAGCAAUUUAACCUUAUUGGAAACUCUCAUAUUUGACUUAUCACGUGGGACCCACUCAUCAUCGCCACCGCCCUGGUGCACCCCUCCGGUCCCGAGCUCUCACAACAUUAGCAACAAAUACCGGGUCCACCGGAAUCAUCUACAGCUGCUUUUCACACACAUACGCGAAGUCCGUCUUGAGCACGCACCCACGUAGAGUCAUAAGAUGAAUAGAAUACUAUGACUAUUUCAAUGGUGUUUGAUAAUUCCCCUUUUCUUUUUCCCUUUUGAAUUUCCUGUAAAGGUUGGUGCUUUAUGAUGGGGAGAUGAGGCAGUGUGUGAAAAAGAAGCAUUGGCGUCCAAGAUUGGUUUUUUCCUUCUUUUUAUCUUGUUCUGCUGAUUCUUGUGAAGAACAGGACAGUUUCUGAAGAAAGAUGUCCCUUACGGCUUGAAAGGAAGGUGGUGGUGAUGCUUGACUUCCUCUGCUGUUGGUAGGUUUAUUUUUUGAUGGAUUGGUUUGAGUUAAAGCUCUGAUCUUUUCUGCAAUAGUUAAAGAUUCUUGAUUAUCUCUGCUGUAGAUGAUGAUAUCAGAGAAAAGGGUAUCUUAUGGUUUAUAAUAUUUAGUGUUUGGUUUGAUGGGUUUGGAGAAACUCUGUGUAUGGGACCCAUUCUUGAAUCUCAACCUUCAUCAUCAUCAUCUGACCUUAAGAAGGAUAUGAGAUUUGUGAGUGUGUUUUAUUAGUGAGAAAGAUGGAUGAAGAGGUUAGUUCUUGGAUACGGAGAACAAAAUUCUCCCAAACUGUUUAUCAUAGAUUAGGUCCAUCAAGGCUUGCCUCCUCCUCUCCUAUCACUUUUCACCCAACAACCAGAAUUCUUCAACCCUCAAAACCCACUUUUAAAAAUCUGACAAACAAAGAACGUGCUAUCUCACCACUCCCGGAAAUGAAACUUCCUGAAACCUUCAAAGAAGCCCAAUCCAACCAACAAAGAUUCUCAACUCCACUCCGGCAACGCGAUAAAGGUGGGGCCAAUGGAACAAAGACACAUAUUUUGAAAUCUGUCUUUACUUCUAGCCCGAGCCGUAAUUCCCCUUUGGUGAAAUUCCAUGAUAAGAUAAAAGGAAGGAAGGAAUCGGCUUGGACGAAGUGUUUUGAUCAUAGUGGAGGGAGAAUUACCUCUGUAGAUUCAGUGGAUGAACAUAUGGUUGAUCUUACCGAGCUUUUUCUUGGACUUCGGUUUGCACAUGGAGCACAUAGUCAGCUUUACCAUGGGAAGUACAAGGAAGAACCUGUGGCAGUCAAGAUUAUUAGGGUCCCGGAUGAUGAUGAAAAUGGAAAUUUAGGGUUCCGUUUGGAGAACCAAUUUAUAAGAGAAGUUACACUUUUGUCUCGCCUCCAUCACCAAAAUGUUGUUAAGUUUGUAGGUGCGUGCAGAAAGCCACGUGUUUUCUGCAUAAUUACAGAAUAUCUACCUGAGGGUUCAUUCAGAUCAUAUCUUCACAAGCUUGAUCACAAAUCUCUCCCUUUAGCAAAACUGGUUGAUAUGGCAUUGGACAUAGCUAGUGGGAUGGAGUACAUUCAUUCUCAGGGAGUCAUUCAUAGGGAUCUCAAACCGGAGAAUAUACUCAUCAAUGAGGAUUUCCGGCUAAAGAUUGCUGAUUUCGGCAUAGCUUGUGAGGAAGCCUAUUGUGAUCUUCUGGUUGAUGAUCCGGGCACUUACCGAUGGAUGGCUCCUGAGAUGAUCAAACGCAAGUCAUAUGGAAGGAAGGUUGAUGUGUACAGUUUUGGACUCAUUUUGUGGGAAAUGGUCACUGGUUUCAUCCCGUAUGAAGAUAUGACUUCUGUGCAAGCUGCUUUUGCUGUAGUCAACAAGAAUACGAGGCCAACAAUUCCCAUGGACUGUCCUCCUUCAAUGAAAACUUUGAUUGAGCAAUGUUGGUGUCUGCAACCCGACAAGAGGCCCGAGUUUUCACAGAUCGUGAAGGUCUUAGAGCAGUUCGAGUCUUCUCUUGCAAACGAUGGAACCCUAAAUCAGGUACCUAGUUCGAUAUUGUUUCAACAAGAUCAACAUAAAAAGGGUCAGGGUCUUCUCCAAAGGAUCCAGAAGUUUGGUGUUCCGACGCAGUCUAAACAAAGGUCCGCUUGAGGGAUGUGGGCGACUGGAUCUUAGACUGUAACUUGUUUUUGGAAAUGGUUUUGUAGUAGUUUUGUUUUUCGAAUGAUAGAUGCAUAAAAAUGGUCAUUGCAAUAUUAGCAUGACUGUAAAUUAAAUUUCUGCUAGGGUAGAGCAGAUAUUUGACUUAAAUAGCUAGACCUGAGGUCUUGUAGAUGGUGGGUGAUAUUUGAUGUGCAUGUAAUAAAUGAUACUCCCUCCGUUCCUAAAAAUUCUUCCCGGUUUGACUUGGCACGCUUAUUAAGAAAGUGGAACAAAGUGAAAAUGUAUGGUUGUGGUUGUGUAAGAAAAAGUUAAAAUGAAUGUGAGCCACACAAAUUGUCCAAAAGGGGAAAGUGGGAAGUAUUUUUGGGAACAGCCCAAAAAGGAAAGUGGGAAGUAUUUUUGGGAACGGAGGGAGUAUCAUUGCUUGACAUUGUUCUUUCUCCACCUUAUGUUGUAUUGGUCUCUUUUCUUGGAGAAAGUCUUUGUCCUAGUUGAAGCUAAUUGAUUAAGGCUCCGUUUGUUUACGGAAAAGUUUUUCCCUAGCAUUGAACUCUUUUUUGAUUUUCUUGUGUUGGUCACAAAGCAGAAUAUUUUCUUUGAUUCUUU